AUGGCUAAGCCGUCGGAGCUGCUCCUUCGAUACGCAGAGUGCUCCGAUGAAGAAUCUAGCUACGACUCGGCCGUCGAAGACGAAUUCUACAAUGGCCAAGAUCCAUGGGACGAGAAUCCCUACAAGGGACGCGUCUUCCACAAAUUUGCAGAGCUGCCACCUGAGCUGCGAAUCAAGAUCUGGGGGCUUGGACUCGCUGGCCUAACCCAGCCUCAGCUUCUCGAAUUCAGUCUCAAGAGCGUUGUUCGAAAAGAUCCCAGCGACCUGGUGCCAGAUGAGAGGGGCAUGCCGAGUCCACGUCGUUAUCGUGAUUGGACCAUCAAUGGCUCUCCCAGCCUUGCACGCGCCACCGAGCUCAACCGCAGUGUAAUGGCCACUAAUCGAGAGGCCCGAGAUGUUGCCCUCAAGAUGCUUCCACAUACUCUCAAGAUCAGAACACCAGCCGGCGACGGAACAGUGCAUUUCGACCGCAAUCGAGACAUUGUCCAGUUGAGCGGAUACACCUACGAGGUCAUGAACCCGUUUCCCACCGAAGAAAGGUUCCAAGACUUCAUCUACCAUUUCGACGGCUUUGCAGAGAACGUGGUGCAGCUUGUGGUCCACUACAACGCCUUUUUCGACGAAGACGAAGACACCAGCGAAUACUUCACCCUUGCCCUCCAACAAUUCCAAAACCUCAAGCGACUAUUCCUUCUCUCAGCGCCCGACAAGUUUAUUGGCAAAGAUAUCUUGUGGUGUGGCUCGAACUAUAUCUACGUGCACACCAGCAUGAUCACGGAUGGUCGAAAUGAGCCUUUGUGGACAAAAUGGUGCUGGCCCAACGCGGACGAUUAUGACGACUUUACAAGAAACCAAGUUUGUGAACCUGUCACACACCUUUUGCCAGCCUCAGCUCUGCCACUACUAAGAUCCCGUGGCAUCGAGCUGUUGCCAAUGGUCAUAUUCGAGGAUAAAUACGGCUUAGAUUUCUUGAAGAAGCUGAAAAGGAAGUGGGACCGCACCUACGCAGAAGGCAUCGUGCCAUCUGAUUCAGAAUUAUCCUCCAACGAAGACGAGGAGGAGGAGGAAUCAGAACCCGACGAGUAUGAAAGCGAUGGAAUCGACGAUUCCCCGAUUGAAGAGAACGGUGGGAACGACGAUUCUGGGGACGAUAUAUAUGACGAGGAAUACGACUCUGCGAAUGAUGAUUACAGUGGCGCUGGCGAAGCGGACAUUGUGCCAGUCUUUUCUUCUCCCGAGCCCGACCCAGAAGUAGCUGGCGGUGCGACAAACUCAAGGAAGCGACGCAUCGUACUUGACUCGGAUGAUGAGGACGGCGACACAUCUGAGAGGUCGGGGAGGAAGCACGCUCGUACCGGCAGCUUCACCGAACCAGAUGGAGAUGCAAAGAAUGCUCUCGGCGUACUUAGUGGUGCUGCGAGACGUCAGAAGCGCGCAGCUAUUAUUGAUAGCGAUGAUGACGAGGAUGAUGGAGGUGCAGAGGAUGAUGCUCUAAGCAGACUUAUGAGAGCUGCGAGGAGACACAAGCGUGUAGCUGUUGUUGAUAGCGAUGACGACGAGGAAGAUGGAGGGAUUGUAUCCAAUGGCAAGCCUGACGAGCAUGAGUCGAGCAAGGAAGAAGAAGGAAAAGACGGGAGAGGAAGAAAGAGAAGGCAAGCUAACAAGCGAGUGGAAGAGGACGACGAUGAAGACGACGACGACGAUGAGAAAGAUGAGGAGGAGAUUAUGAAUGUCAGGCGGCUGAGUCUGGCCUCCAGGCUCCAACAGAUGCGAGAAAGUCAUCCAUCUUCGGAUGAAGAGUCCGAUGGUGACGAGGACAGUGACAACAUCAAUGAUGACGAUAAUGACGAGGACGAGGACGAGGACGAUGAUGAGGAAAUGUAUGGUGGCGGUCUUAUUGACGGCUAUGCAGAUGAAUCGGAGGAUUCCGGGGGUUACUAG